AUGAAUUUGACUAACAUAUCCGAUAUUUCUUAAAUUUCACAUUGCUAAUUAAUGAUCUAAGAAGAGUCUUAGCCUGGUUGCAAUAAUUCAAAUAUUGACCAUUCUAUUCCUGAUUAAAAUUUUGGAUUUCCAGCUAUUUAAUUAGAAGAGCUAAAAAAACAAGAUUAGAUAUAAGAUUAAUAAAAUAACACAUAUGUUUGUGAAGUUUAGAAAAAACAAUUUUCUUAAUUAAUGGUUCACUUUAAUAUUCAACAUUUUAAAAGAAAAAUGCUGUCAUACAUUCAUCCAAUAAAAGAAUUAUCAAAAGAAUAGUUUAAUAUGAUUUCUGAUAAAUCUUCAUCAUAUAAAACUUACCCAAAAAAAUAAUUACAAUAAACAUUAUUAAUUAAAAAGAAUAGAGCAGUUUUGGGAUUUUAGAGUAUAAUUAAAGAUUGUAAUAAUGCAUUGAAGGUAUAAACGAAAAAAAAAUUAAUGUAAUUCAUAGAUAUGAUGCCUUUAAUACAUCCACAUACAACAUAAAAAUUAAUUUGGGAUGGAUUAAUUACUAUAAUGAGAAUAUAUCUAUUGAUUUGGAUUCCAAUUUUAAUAGCAUUUAAAAAUGGUACUCUAGAAGAUUUGAAUGCAUAUACUCUAAAUGUUUGUAGUAGUGCCUUUUUAAUAGAUUUGGCAAUGUAAACAUUCACGAUUAAAUUUGACAAGGGUUUUCCUGUAAAAGAUCGGUAUUUACUAUUGUAACAUCAAUUAAAUUGGUGGGCUGCUAUUGAAUUUUUCAGUUUUAUUAUAUCCUUAUUUUUCAGUAUUUAAUUUCACUAAGAUAAUUAUUCAAUGUCAGUAGUAGAAGAUAAAGGGUGGACAAAAAUACUAUUAUUAUUAUUAAUAGUUUAAACAAAAAAUAUUUUGCAAUUUAUCGAAAAUUUAUAAUAUGUAAUUAAGCCAAGCAAAACAGUAAAUUCUUUAAUAGAUUUAAUUAAGUUUAUUUGUUUAGUUUUAUUAAUUUAGCAUAUAUUUGCAUGUAUAUGGUAUCAUAUUUAAUAUUUUUAAAAAGGGUAAUUGUUGGAACUUAUGAACACUUAAAAACUAAAGUUUCAUGGUUAGAUACCGCUAAAUUAGAUAUAGAUUAACAUUGGAUGGAUAUAUAUAUGGAAGCUUUAUACUUUAUAAGUGUUACAACUUUUACUGUUGGAUAUGGAGAUAUUACACCAUAAAGUACUAUUGAAUAUCAAUAUCUAUAGAUACUUCUGAAAAAUGUUUUACAAUUAUAUAUAUGUUCUUUUGUACAUUAUAACUCUCUUAUUCUGUUAAUACUAUAGGAUCUAUUUUGUUGUAAUUAAAAGAGAACAAUGAAGAAAUAAAAUAAAAAAUAACUUUAGUUACUGAAUAUAUGAAAAAUAGAUAAAUGACUCGAGGAUUAUAAUUUAAGUAAUUAAUUUAAUUUACCAUCUUAUUAGAGUUAGAGAAUAUUUAAGUUAUUAUUGGUAGCAAGAAAACAUUUAAAAAAAAACUGAAACAAUUGAAAUUAUAAAAUUAUUGCCUGAUGAGCUUUAAAAAAGUAUCUAAAGAGAAGGAAUUACUAAUUUAUUAAAUAAGUGUAAAUUUUUUAAACAGAAAUUCACUCCUGGAUUUUUAAAUUAAUUAAUAGAUAUUGCUUCUGUAUAAAGUUUUUAGCCAGGAAUAGUAAUCAAUGAUUUACAAAAUAUUUAUAUAAUUGAAUAUGGAUGUGUAGAGAUAUUAUAAAAUUAAGUAAUAUUAUUAUUUUAAAUUUUUAGACAAUUGUUGCACAAUUAGAUUAAUUUUAAUAAUUUGGAUUAAAGAAAGUUGGUAUAGAAUUUUAAAACGAAACAAAAUAUCGUACAAAAGUAUUUACAAAUUUACUUAUAAUUCCAUAUUCAUCUUUAGUAUAAUUAGUUGCUUAAAAUCCGAAUGAAUUGGAAAUAGAUUCUGAAAAUAACCUUAAUAUUAUGACUGAAUGCUUAAUAUGUAAAGGUUCUCAUAAUACAGAAUUAUGCACUUAAGUACACUUUAUUCCAGAAAAUGAAAAAGUUAUUAAGAAAUAUUUAUACAAUUCCUUUUAGAAUAGAGGAAGGCUUAAAAGAAAACAAAAAAAUUAUUAAUAAGAUUGGAAAAAUGAAUUAAAGUUUUUUUAAGAUACAGCUGAAUAGCUUUAAUAAGAUUUUAAUAAUGAAAUUGAACUUAUUUUUCCUCCUAAUGAAGAAUAAAAGUAAAUUAAUGUUAUUACACCUCGUUCCUAAUUUGAAAUAAAUGAUGAAAACCCUAAAUCUAUUUAAAUUAAUAUGGCUGUUGUAUAAAGAGGUGAAAUUGAAUAAAAAUUUGAAUCUAGAGAACCUAAUAAGAAUGAAAAAAAAUCAGAAUCAAAAAAUGAUAUUGAAAAUUUAUAACUAUUUCAUCAAUUCGAAUCCGUUUCUUAAAAGUUCAAAUAGAUUUUGUUUUUUAAUGAAAAAGUUCAGGAAGAUAUAUUUCUACUUUUUAAAAGAUUAGAAUGCAUUUUUGGAUAAAAUGAAUGUGAAAUUGAUAGAUAUAAAAGCUAUAAAAAUUAUUAAAAGAGUUGGAAUAUUGAAAGAAUAAUAUUAGAAUAUAAUUUUGCUUCAAAUUAUUUAUAAAAUCGAAAAAUUGAAAAAAUGAGUUUUGAGUAGAUAUCAAAAUACCUAUUAUUCCCAAAAUUAUACAUAAAAAAAUAUAGGACUGAGAAACCUCCUGAAAGUUUAUAAUAAUCUCAAAUGAAAUAAAGUAAAAAUAAAUUAAAUCUUAGAUGUACGAACUUUAACAAAAAAGAAGAGAAUUGCCAUUCAUCCAGAUUUUUGA